CAGGACGAGGGGAAGGCGAUCCGCAUGGCGCGGCCGCAGCGGCGGGCGGUGCGCGUGGGGCUGGGGGAGCCCGCGGCGCUGCCCUGCCUCUUCCUCCUGCGCUCCUCCUCCUCCUCGCCCGCGGAGCCGCCGCGCGUCAAAUGGAGCAAGGUGCGCUCGGCCGGCGGCCGGCGGGAGGACGCGCCCGUCCUGGUGGCCAGGGAGGACGCGGUGAAGGUGCUCAAAGGCUACGAGGGCCGCGCCUGGCUGCCGGGCUACGGCCGUGACCGCGGCAACGCCACGCUGCAGCUGCGGGCGGCCCGCGCCAGCGACGCGGGGCUCUACCGCUGCCAGGUGGUGGCCGGCAUCCACGACGAGCAGGACCUGCUGCCGCUGGAGGUGACGGGCGUGGUGUUCCACUACCGGCCCGCGGGCCGCCGCUACGCGCUCAGCUUCGCCGCCGCCCGCCGCGCCUGCCGCGACAACUCCGCCGUCAUCGCCUCCCCCCAGCACCUCCAGGCCGCCUUCGAGGACGGCUACGACAACUGCGACGCGGGCUGGCUGAGCGACCAGAGCGUGCGGUACCCCAUCACGCUGUCCCGGCCCGGCUGCUACGGAGACCGCGACCGCCUCCCCGGCGUGCGCAGCUACGGCCGCAGGGAGCCCGCCGAGCUCUACGACGUCUACUGCUACUCCCGGGAGCUGCGAGGGACCGUGUUCCACGCCUCGGAGCCGGGCCGCUUCACCUGGCAGGGCGCCCGGCGGCACUGCCGGAGCCGCGGGGCAGCGCUGGCCACCACGGGCCAGCUGCACCUGGCGUGGCGAGCGGGGCUGGACCGCUGCGACCCGGGCUGGCUGGCGGACGGCAGCGUGCGCUACCCCAUCCUCCGGCCGCGCAGCAAGUGCGGCGGCGAGGCCCCGGGCGUGCGGACCCUCUACCAGUUCCCCAACCGCACCGGCUUCCCCCCCGCCGCCUCCCGAUUCGACGCCUACUGCUACAAAGCGCCGCCGGACCCGUGCCAGAGCAACCCGUGCCUGCACGGCGGGACGAGCCGUGCCAACGGCACCGUGUGCGGCUGCAGCUGCGCCCCGGGCUUCACCGGCGAGAACUGCGAGAUCGACAUCGACGACUGCCUGUCCAGCCCGUGCCAGAACGGCGGCACCUGCAUCGACGAGGUCAACUCCUUCGUGUGCCUCUGCCUGCCCAGCUACGGCGGCAGCCGCUGCGAGAAAGACACGGAGGGCUGUGAGCACAACUGGCACAAGUUCCAGGGCCACUGCUACCGCUACUUCGCCCGCCGGCGCUCGUGGGAGGACGCGGAGCGCGACUGCCGGCGCCGGGCCGGGCACCUCACCAGCAUCCACUCGCAGGAGGAGCACGCCUUCAUCAACGGCUUCGGCCACGAGAACACCUGGAUCGGCCUCAACGACCGCAUCGUGGAGCAGGACUUCCAGUGGACCGACAACACCGGCUUGCAAUACGAGAACUGGCGGGAGAACCAACCCGACAACUUCUUCGCGGGCGGCGAGGACUGCGUGGUGCUCGUGUCCCACGAGAUCGGCAAGUGGAACGACGUGCCCUGCAACUACAACCUGCCCUACAUCUGCAAGAAAGGCACAGUGCUGUGCGGGCCCCCCCCGGAGGUGCCGAACGCUUUCCCGGUGGGGAAGAAGAAGGAGAAGUACAACAUCCACUCCAGCGUGCGCUACCAGUGCCACGAGGGCUUCAGCCAGCGCCACGUCCCCACCAUCAAGUGCCACAGCAGCGGCAAGUGGGACCGGCCCAAAAUCCUCUGCACAAAACCCAGGCGGUCGCACCGAGCGCGGCGGCACCGGCGGCACCGGCACAGCCACCCGCACCACCCGCACCACCGGCACAAACCCCGCAAGGAGCGGCGGAAACGCCGCCAGCGCCUCCGGCUGGACUGGAUGGAGGAGGGCCACUACUUCUAGAGGCGGGCGAGCACAAAGGGGUCCCCGCGGGACGUGGCGGCGUCCCCCGUCCCUGCCCCACCGCCUCCCCGCCCCUCUUUUGUAGCCCCUUUCGGCUUUAGCUCCUUAGGAUGCCCGGCCCCGUAGGGAAUAGGAUCCGGAGGGGGCGGCUGCGUGUGCGCCCCCAGCCCACCCUGCAUGCCCCACGCUCAGCCCCCGGCCCGGGCUGAGCCCCCGAGCCGGGCUCUGUCCCUGGCCCCAAACCGGGGCAGCCCCCGCCCCGUCGCCCCCGGGGUGGCUCUGGUUUUUUAGCAGCCCCCCACCCCAUUUCCCUGCCCCAGCCCCCCGGGGCGUCCCCGCGGCCGGCACGGGUGGGGCGUGGGGGGCUCGGUGGUCGCGGGGCCCCUGUCCCGCUCCGCGCCCGCUCUGGGGGUGCUCGGUGGGGCUCUGUCCCCUGUCCGUUCGUGUCGGGUCCCGUCGGAGUUGGCGUGUGUGUGUGUGUGUGCGUGUGUGUGUACGGCGCUUUCCGAUCUCCGCUCCUUGCGACGUGACUGCCGCGUCCCCGCCCCCUCCCCGACCCCCUCCCGGCGCCCCCUCCCCAUUUCUGACUCCGCCUUUCUGUACUGCUGGACAUUUUAAUAAAUUUUUUUAACAGUUGAG